AUGGCAAUAACUGCGGCAUCGAUUUGGGACUGGUCCUUACCAGUUUUACCAUUCACAUCAAUUAUAACACUGAUUGUUGCCUUAUUUGCAGACCGUUUACUUGACAGUCAGGGUAUGAUGGAUAGACCAUUCUUUGAAAUACCGGUAGCACGUCGAUCUUCGACACACGUCUGUUUCUUGGUUGGGAUCUUUCUGCUACUUCCUCAAAUAAUAGCCAUUAUCAUCGGGCGAUUUCAAUUUCUAGUGAAAACUCAAUCAAUGAUUAAUCGAAUAAUCUUAUCCAUCUUUCACGUUUCAACUCUUAUACCAUUAGUGUUCUUCCUUCUUGUAGCCAUAGUAAAGCGAAGUCGCCAUUCGGAUGGAUAUCAAAUGGGUGUCUAUGGAAUAUUCACAUCGAUUUCAUUAUAUUGUUUUUUACAUACGAUUCUGAUCUGUUAUCUAUAUAUACGACGAUCGAACGCGCCGCAACAUGGGAAAGUGAUUUGGCCAAUAUGGUUUCUGAGUUGUUGUAUACUACUCAUUAUUUUUUACAGCAUUUGGAUUCACUCGCACAGCGGUAUUGCAGGAUUUAUUGUUGUCUUUUGUCCGUUUAUCUACUUUUUGGGUUUUGUGCAUCAAUUCUGGCUACAAGCAAGGGCAAGACAACGCUAUUCUGCCGUAACGAGAGUAAUAGCACUCACUGACAUCUAG